GCUGGUGCGGUGAUUGCCUUCCAGCUUUCGGGGAAAAUUGCUUCAACUUAAUCAUAUUCACAUGACAAACCCUAAAUAAAGGAGGGGGGAGAGGUAAUGCCAAAAAAGAGGACCUCGGAGAAGUCGGAGAGCGGCAGCUUGUCCUCAGGCAGAGAGAGAGAGAGAGAGAAAGGAAGGAGAGAGAGAAGCUGUCAGACUUAGGGGAGGGCGCAGCUUUUCUCAGACGUGCUGCUUUAACCCCACUCGAGACGUCGGUCCAGUAAGGAGGCAAAAGGCUGCCGAUCGCUUGCAACAAAGGCUCGGGACUUCCCUCCUGGCGUCACUCCGGAGCUGAGGCGUGUUAGAUCCUCUGCAGGAAACAGGUUUUCCUUUCUCGUGCUUCGCUGCGUUGCUUCAUCCGCCGCCGCCGCUCUUUCCUUUCCUGGCGAUUGCCAAGCCCCGUUUCGCCAAGGAGCCUCAUGCUCUGUUCAGAGCAGCAGCCCAGGACGCAGGAUGGUUUCUUCGCCCGGUCGGGGAGGCGCUAGCCAGGUGCUGCCGCGGGGCGAUCGCCUUCUCCCAGCCUUUUCCCUAGUGCUCGUGCUGUUGCUGUUGCUGCUCCCGCUGCUCCCGGUGCCCGGGCUGGAAGUGCAGCACAAGUUCGUCUCGCUCACGGCCACCAACAACUUCGCUCUGGAUGCGUCGGGAGGCAAGGUGUACCUGGCGGCCGUCAACCGGCUCUACCAGCUGUCGGGCCCCAACCUGACCCUGGAGGUGGAGGAGCAGGUGGGACCCAAGGAGGACAACCCGCUUUGCCACGCUCCGCAGCUGCCCCAGGCGUCGUGCGAGCACGCCAGGAAGCCCACCGACAACUACAACAAGCUGCUGCAGCCCGACCCGGAGCAAGGCAUCCUGGUGGUGUGCGGCUCCGUCUACCAGGGCUUCUGCCAGCUGCGCAGCAUGGACAACAUCUCCGUCGUGGCCGUCGCUUUCCCGCCCGGAGCAGGUGGAGGCGGCGGGGACCAGGUCACGGUGUUCCCCAGCAUGCUCAACGUGGCGGCCAACCACGCCAACGCGUCCACCGUGGGCUUGGUGCUCAAGCAGGCCGGGCAGGACACGCGCCUGCUGGUGGCCGCCACUUACACGGGCUUGGGCAGCCCCUUCUUCCCGCGCAACGCCAGCCUGGAGGACCACCGCUUCGAGAACACGCCCGAGAUCGCCAUCCGCGCUCUGGACGCCCGUGGGGACCUGGCGCGCCUCUUCACCUUCGACAUCAACCCCUCCGACGACAACAUCUUCAAGAUCAAGCAGGGCGCCAAGGAGCGCCACAAGCUCAGCUUCGUGCGCGCCUUCCUGCACCGCGGAGCCCGCCCGCCGUCGCAGCCGCUGCCGCCGCCUUCUCGCCCCGGCGAGGAAAAGGGCGCCCCCAGCGGCCGGAGCGCCUACGCCGGGCCUGGGGCCUCCCUUCUCCCCGGCGGCGCCCCUGCCCGGAGCGGCCACCCGCUCUCGCCUUCGGCGGGCGCCCCGCUCGGCCGCUACGCCUACUUGGCCCUCAACAGCGAGGCGAAUGCGCGGGAAAAGGAGAGCCACUCGCACAGCCUGCUGGCGCGCAUCUGCCUGGGCGACCCGGCCGAGGCGACGACUCUGAACGGCAGCAGCGGCGGCGGCGGCGGCGGCGGCGGCGGCGCGGAAACCAAGAAGCUGACCGAGUCCUACAUCCAGAUGGGGCUGCAGUGCAGCAGCGGCGCCUGGCGCGGAGGUGGGGCGGCCUCGGGGGCGACCGGCGGCGCAGGCGACCUCUUCAACCGGCUGGUGUCGGUCUUCCCCGCCAGCGCCGCCCUGCAGGUGGGCUCGGGAAGCGCUUCCCCGCCCCGGCCGGAGGAGCUGCUCUUCGGGGUCUUCGAGAAGGCCUCGUCGUCCUCCGGGACGGGGUUUGGGGGCCGGCAAGCGCCCCAGCCCUCGGCGCUGUGUGUUUUCCGCUUCGCCGAGAUUGAGGAGGCCAUCCGGGUGGCCAGGAACUCUUGCUUCGUGGCUCCCGACGCCGGGCUGGUCACGGUGCUCGACAGCGUGGUGCAAGGCACCGGGCCCGCCUGCGAGAAGAGGAAAAUCCAGUUGCAACCAGAACAGUUGGACUGUGGAGCAGCGCAUCUCCAGCAUCCAUUGUCAAUCCUGCAACCUAUCAAGGCCAGACCAGUGUUCACUUCGCCAGGACUUACAUCAGUAGCUGUCACCAGCGUCAAUAAUUACACAGUUGUAUUUCUGGGAACAGCCAAUGGAAGACUGCUCAAGAUUAAUCUGAACAGUUCUAUGGAGGAGAUAAGCCGGGAGUCAAUUACUGUGGCUUAUGGUGAACCUGUCCAUCCCAUCAUGCAGUUUGAUCCUUCUGACUCCAGCUACCUGUAUCUAAUGACUUCCCACCAGAUAGCCCGUGUGAAAGUAGCUGCCUGUGAUCAAUAUACUACAUGUACCGAGUGCUUGGCUGCUGCCGAUGCUUACUGUGGCUGGUGCACCUUGGAGACCAGGUGUUCCCUGCAACAUGAGUGCGCUAAUUCUUCUGAACCCAAUUUCUGGAUAAGUGCCAGCGAAGGAGUGCAGCAGUGUCCCUCAAUGACCAUUCUACCCUCAGAGAUAAACAUUGAGAAGGAGAACAAAGGCAUGAUAAUCCAAAUAAAUGGGAAUAUUCCAAGUUUGAAUGGAAUGGAGAUGUCUUGCAAUUAUGGAAAUAAUAUCUCCACUGUAGCUAAAGUUGCUGCCCACUCUUGGAGCCAGUUUGUUUAUUGCAAUUUUCUUCCUAGAGAAAAAUAUCCAGCCUUCCCAUACAAUCAAGAUCAUGUGAUUGUUCAAACUGCUGUACAGGUCAACGGCAAAAAUAUUGUGUGGGCCAAUUUCACCAUCUAUGAUUGCAAGAGAACUGGAAACAUUUAUCCAAAGACAGCAUGUAUCAGCUGCCUCUCGGCUAAAUGGAAGUGUUACUGGUGCACUAGAAAAUACACCUGUGUCUCCAAUUCAACUGAAUGUGAGGACUCAAUACAGAUGAAUAACAGCACUGAUUGUCCACAGAUUGUACCUUCCUCUGUUGCACCAGCACCAACAGGGACUUCCCAGGACAUUGUCAUCACCUUGAUGAAUACUGCUUUCAUAAAGGAGAUGCCUUUGGAAUGUCAUUUUCAAACUGACAGGAUAUUUGAGGCCCAAUGGGUGAAUGCAUCUGCUGUUCAGUGCAGCAACGUGCUGCUUCACACUUCAGACAAAAGGCACCUCUUUCCACUAAACCUUCAGCUGAAGGAAAAACCCGAUAGAUUCAUUGAUAGUCCAGCGCUGAUGACAGUGGAGAUUUAUAAUUGUGCAGUUGGAAGUAGUGACUGUUCUCAGUGUCUUGGGAGAGAAGAUCUGGGUCAUCAGUGCAUUUGGAGCGAGAGCAGUUCUAAUUGUAGACUAAACACUGAGUCCCUCCAGAUUCCAGGCAUGUGUCCUCCUCCUGAGAUUAAGAAGAUCGAGCCCCUGAAUGGACCCCUGGAAGGAGGAACUCUGCUCACAAUACGAGGAAGAAAUUUGGGCCGUAGGUUCAGUGAUGUCAUUAACGCUGUCAAAAUAGGGAAUGUGAAGUGUUCACCGCUCCCGGACAGAUAUAUCGUCUCUGAGGAAAUUGUGUGCUGGACUGGAGAAGCUCCAGAUGAAUUUUCUGAUGUGGUGACAGUUAAUUUGAGCAGAGAAGGAAAAUCCAGGGACCGAUACUCUUAUGUGCUUCCAGUAGUGAAGUUUAUGUCUCCAUCUACUGGCCCUAAAGCAGGAGGAACCAGAGUAACCAUCACAGGGAAUAACCUGAGUGUGGGAUCUGAGCUCCGAGUUUUGGUUAAUAAUACAAAAGAAUGUGAAGACCUCAGUCGCACUGACACUAGCAUCACUUGCACCAUGCCAGGUGUGGAAUUUACUACCACUGUGAAAGUCUGUGUCCAGUUUGAAAGGAAGUCCUGCAUUGGUGAUAACAGCACCUUCAAGUAUGAGAAAAAUCCAAGUAUAAGAGAUAUCAACCCCCAAAGGAGUCAGAUCAGUGGAGGCAGAAUCAUCACCGUGGAAGGAAAUGGAUUCUUGAUGGUUCAGAAUGUGUCUAUGGUUGUUCUCAAUGUUGGAAAAGAACAAACAAACUGUAAGGUUCACACGGACACUGUGAUUACCUGCCCUUCUCCAGCUGCUUCCAACCUCACCGGGAGCAAGCCAGCACCUGUGGACUUCUACAUCAAUGGACGCCUGUAUACCGAUGACAACCUUUUCCCUUUUGAACACCCUGAGGAGGCUAUACACAUUAGCAAGUUCCAUUUGGAAUACUAUAUGGACCCCCAGUUCUUCACAGCCAAGAAGGAGAAAUGGAUCAAACACCAUCCAGGGGAGCCUUUGACGCUAGUUAUACAUAAAGAGCCUGACAACCUUGGCCUGGAAAGCAACGAGUAUGAAGUUAAGAUUGGCUUAAUUUCCUGUGAGAUCCAAAUAGUUUCAGAUAAAGUAAUUCACUGCUCAGUCAAUGAAUCUCUGCGCACCUCAGAAAGACAAGUCCCUGUUACGAUCCAGGUUGGGAAAUUCAAUCAAACAAUUGCUAUGUUGCACCUUGGAGGAAGUGAGACGGCAAUCACUGUUUCCAUAGUCAUCUGUAGUAUCUUGCUGCUGCUCUCUGUUGUAGCCCUGUUUGUGUUUUGCACCAAGAGUCGCAGAGCGGAGCGUUAUUGGCAAAAGACUCUUCUGCAGAUGGAGGAGAUGGAGUCCCAGAUCCGAGAAGAAAUUCGCAAAGGUUUUGCAGAACUCCAGACAGAUAUGACAGAUCUUACCAAGGAGUUAAAUCGCAGCCAAGGAAUCCCAUUCCUGGAAUACAAGUACUUUGUUACACGAACAUUCUUUCCCAAAUGUUCCUCCCUCUAUGAAGAGCGUUACAUUCUGCCUUCCCAGCACCUUAAUUCACAGAUGGGCUCUCAGGUGCAAGAAACUCACCCAUUACUGUUGGGAGAAUGGAAAAUUCCUGAAAAUUGUAGACCCAACAUGGAAGAAGGAAUUGCAUUGUUCUCAACCUUACUCAACAACAAGCACUUUCUCAAUGUCUUCGUCCAUGCUCUUGAGCAGCAGAAAGAUUUUGCCGUUAGAGACAGAUGCAACCUGGCCUCCUUGCUCACCAUUGCAUUGCAUGGGAAACUGGAGUACUACACCAGCAUCAUGAAGGACCUCUUGGUGGAUCUCAUUGACGCGUCUGCCUCUAAAAACCCCAAGCUUAUGCUGAGAAGGACAGAAUCUGUAGUUGAGAAGAUGCUGACAAACUGGAUGUCCAUCUGCAUGUACAGCUUUCUUAGAGAAACUGUUGGGGAGCCCUUCUUCCUCCUGCUCUGUGCAAUCAAGCAACAGAUCAAUAAAGGCUCCAUAGAUGCCAUCACUGGAAAAGCCAGGUAUACUCUCAACGAAGAAUGGCUAUUGAGAGAGAAUAUUGAAGCAAAGCCAAGGAAUCUUAAUGUGUCUUUCCAAGGCUGUGGGAUGGAUUCACUGAGUGUUCGGGUCAUGGAUACAGACACUCUCAGCCAGGUUAAAGAGAAGAUACUUGAAGCCUUUUGCAAGAAUAUCCCAUAUUCCCAGUGGCCUAGAGUAGAAGAUGUUGAUCUUGAAUGGUUUGCCACAAGCACUGACAGCUACAUCCUCCGGGACCUUGAUGACACUUCAGUGAUGGAGGAUGGCAGGAAGAAACUGAACACGCUAGCACAUUAUAAGAUUCCUGACGGUGCCUCCCUAGCUAUGAGUUUAACUGAUAAGAAAGAUACUACUUUAAGUAGAGUGAAAGAUCUGGACACUGAAAAAUACUUUCAUUUGGUCCUUCCCACAGAUGACCUGAAUGAGAGUAAGAAAUCUCAUCGACAGAGUCACAGGAAAAAAGUCCUCCCUGAAAUCUACCUGACCAGAUUGCUGUCCACAAAGGGGACACUGCAAAAAUUCCUGGAUGACUUAUUCAAAGCCAUUCUGAGUUUCCGAGAUGACAAACCUCCUCUGGCUAUCAAGUAUUUCUUUGAUUUCCUGGAAGAGCAAGCAGAAAAGAGAGGGAUCUCUGACCCAGACACAUUGCAUAUUUGGAAAACAAACAGCCUACCUCUGAGGUUUUGGGUCAACAUUCUGAAGAACCCCCAGUUUGUUUUUGACAUCGACAAAACGGACCACAUAGAUGCCUGCCUUUCUGUAAUAGCCCAGGCCUUUAUCGACGCCUGCUCCAUCUCUGACCUGCAAUUGGGCAAGGACUCGCCUACGAAUAAACUGUUGUACGCCAAGGAGAUUCCUGAGUAUAGAAAAAUAGUGCAGAGGUAUUACAAGCAGAUCCAUGACAUGCCACCUCUCAGUGAACAGGAAAUGAAUGCACACUUGGCAGAGGAAUCCAGGAAAUAUCGGAAUGAGUUUAACACCAAUGUUGCCAUGACUGAAAUUUACAAAUAUGCCAAGAGAUACCGCAGUCAGAUAGUGAAUGCGCUGGACUCCAACCCCACGACGAGGCGCACACAGCUGCAGCACAAAUUUGAGCAAGUGAUUGCACUCAUGGAAGACAACAUUUACGAAUGCUGCAGUGAGGCAUAGGUGGCAAUCUGGACUUUGUUCCACGUCUAGAAGUGGCCUUCUCUACAGUGCACUGUCCUUUAGGGAACACCUUUUCAAAGUAUCUGUGUGUGUCAAUAUGCAGCCUGUUGUAUGUAUGUGAUGAUAAAGAAACCAACUUGAUGGUGCGUCUGUCUGGCCA